ACACUGACCCUAAAACAUAGACGUAUUUACGUCAAAAAAAAUUCACAUGGUCAUGAUGUAAUAUCAAUAACUUGAUUAUGAAAUGUGCAGACUAUAUUAGUGUUCCAUUAAGUUAUAUUUGCAAAUAUGCAAAAGUUAAAUCUCUGCAUGAAAAGAUCCAUGGCAACGUGUUCAGGUCAGAGAAGAAGAGCAAAUGGAGUGUCCAGGUCCAUAUCUGGACUAAGGAUUUACUCUGCUGUUAGCACAGAAGAGAUGGUAGUGGAUGACCCUAAUGAGAAUCACCACCACCAACACCAAAAUCAACAGAAUAACAAGGACCAAAGUGACUGCAAUGAAACCCACGAGUAUGAACUGAAGGAGGUGACCAAGGAAGGCCAUGAAAAGGCUGAUCCAGGGCAGUUUGAACUUCUUAAGGUGCUCGGUCAGGGCUCCUUCGGCAAGGUGUUCCUUGUCAGAAAGGUUGUGGGUAAGGACAGUGGUACUCUUUACGCCAUGAAAGUUCUGAAGAAGGCAACACUCAAAGUGCGAGACCGCAUGAGGACGAAGACGGAACGUAAUAUUCUGGUAGAUGUUCAACACCCGUUCAUUGUCAGGUUACAUUAUGCGUUCCAAACAGAGGGCAAACUCUACCUGAUAUUGGACUUCCUCAGAGGGGGUGAUCUGUUCUCCAGACUAUCGCAGGAGGUAAUGUUCACAGAAGAAGAUGUGAAAUUCUACCUGGCAGAGCUGGUUCUGGCACUAGAUCACAUUCACAGUUUAGGAAUUAUCUACCGAGACCUUAAACCAGAAAACAUUCUUCUGGAUGCCGAUGGCCACAUAUCAUUGACGGACUUUGGAUUAAGCAAACUGCCACUGGAUGACCAGAAAGCGUACUCUUUUUGUGGUACAGUCGAGUACAUGGCCCCUGAAGUUGUUAACAGAAAGGGACAUUCCUUUGCUGCAGACUGGUGGUCAUUGGGUGUACUCAUGUAUGAGAUGCUGACAGGAACUCUGCCAUUUCAAGGGCCAAACCGGAAGGAGACCAUGACACAGAUCCUGAAGGCAAAGCUUGGGAUGCCUCAGUUCUUAUCUCCAGAGGCGCAAGCUUUACUACGUGCACUGUUCAAGAGAAAUCCAGCCAACAGACUGGGUGCAGGUCCAGAUGGUGUUGAAGAGAUUAAAUCACAUUCCUUCUUUGCAACUAUAGACUGGGAUAAGCUUAUGAGAAAGGAAAUUUAUCCACCAUUCAAGCCUGCUGUGAGUCGAGCUGAUGAUGCCUUUUAUUUUGACAAGGAGUUCACAUCUAAAACACCGAAAGACUCUCCUGGUGUCCCACCUAGUGCCAACGCUCAUGAAUUAUUUAGAGGAUUCAGUUUUAUUGCACCUUGCCUUCUAGAAGAACAGACAAAUAACCAACCUACAGAGAGACAAACAGAUCCUCUAGCUAAGAUGAUGUAUGUGAAACCUAAUUUGGUAACAGAUGAGUAUGAAAUAAAGAACACGAUUGGUGAGGGGAGUUAUUCUGUGUGCAAAUUGUGCAUUCACAGAGCAACGCGUGCCGAGUAUGCAGUUAAGAUAAUUGACAAAUCAAAACGAGAUUGUCAAGAGGAAGUAGAAAUCCUACUGCGAUGGGGUUACCAUCCCAACAUUGUCACACUACGAGACGUGUACGAGGAUGACAAAUCAGUUUAUCUGGUGAUGGAGCUGAUGAGGGGCGGUGAAUUGCUUGACAGGAUACUUAGACACAAGUUCUUCUCUGAAAGGGAAGCCAGUGCGGUCAUGCAAGUUGUUGUUUCUACUGUCCAGUACCUGCACCAACAUGGGGUUGUCCAUCGGGAUCUGAAACCAUCAAAUAUCCUGUAUGCGACAGAAGCGGGGAAUCCGGAGGCGCUACGCAUUUGUGACUUUGGGUUUGCCAAGCAGCUAAGGGCAGAGAAUGGUCUUCUUAUGACCCCAUGUUACACGGCCAAUUUCGUAGCACCAGAAGUGUUGAAGCGACAAGGUUAUGAUGCGGCCUGUGACAUCUGGUCUCUGGGUAUUCUCCUCUACACCAUGUUGGCAGGACAAACACCGUUUGCCAAUGGGGCGUCUGACUCUCCUGGUGAGAUCCUUCAAAGGAUUAGUGAAGGCAGAAUUGAUCUUGAGUCUGGAAAUUGGGUUUCAGUGUCUACAGAAGCUAAGGAUCUGGUACAAAAGAUGCUACACCUAGAUCCAAACCGACGACCCACAGCUAGUCAGGUCCUCCAGCACAGUUGGAUACAGCACAGAAACAUGCUGCCCACACAUCGCCUGCCUCUGCAAGAAGCUAGCGUUAUCAAGGGUGCAAUGGCGGCCACGUACCGUGCCAUGAGCCAGAGUCCGCGGCCACCACAUCUGAUGCCUGUGUUCACCUCGGAACUUGCACGACGACGAUGGAGGAAAUCGCGACCCAAAUCUUCUACGGAAGUAUGAAGUGAUCUUCCUGUCAGUUGGAUGCGUAACCGUGUGAUUGACUCUGCGUCAAGAGAUGGAGUGAAGUCCGUUGCGGCUUUAUGAUGUGCGUGCGUGAGUGCUCGAGCAAACUAGACUUAAAACUUGCGAUUACUUCAAAUUUAAGUGAUCAUGUACUGAUUUAUAAGUCAUUUAUUCCAGUGGUCUUUUUUUUUUCAUUUUGGCUGUAAUAAGAACGUACAAGUAAAUGCAGUCUUUAACAGCCAUUCUGGAAGAAGAGGUAUGAAGCUAGUGAGAAGAAGAAGAAUUGAACAGGUCAAAAGACAAUGGCAGGAGCGUUCUGCACAUCCGACUUGGCAGAAGAGCUGAUCAAGAUGCUGGAAUGUCGCGUUUGUCGCGAAAUCAUGAAACCCCCCAUUGUGCAGUGCAUGUCGGGCCACAACAUCUGUAACAAAUGCUACCUGCAACUGGGCUUUGAUCCCUGCCCAGUUUGUCGACUGAAGAAGACAGAAGUACGCAAUCUGCUAGCCGAGAAAAUGUGCCAGAAGAUCCUUUACCCAUGCAAGAACUCCGGUUGCGCCGAGGCACUCUUAUUGAUGGAUAUGGUCCGUCAUGAGGUGAACUGCAAUUUUCGCAUCUUCGACUGUCCCAUCAACAGAUUGUGCCUCUGGAAGGGCAUGCUCAGUAACAUUCUAAGACAUGCAGAAACCGCACACGGAACGAGCGUGUGGCAUGAGGACUCCAGUCGUACCACAGCCAGCGACUUCUCGGAGAGCUUCUUAGAAACUACGCUGGUGUCAUCUGUUGGCGAGAUUUUUGUUUGGCACUGUGAGUAUUCCUUUGAGAACAGUAAGUUCUUAGGAGCUCUGAAAUACAUUGGGCCAAUGGAAAACGCUUCUAAAUUCACGUAUGUUUUUAAGUUAUCAAAAGAUGGGAACAGGCAAACGGUAAAAUUUAAAAAUAUUGCUAUAAAAGAGACUGAUUCGUUUUCAGAAGUUUUUCACGAGAUGGACAGUUGUGUUACUUUAGACUACAGUACUAUUGUCAGACGGUUUAUGAAUGGAACAAGACUUAACUACCAGCUCAGUGUUAAAAUAUGUGUGUGAGGCAACAUUUUGUAUAUUCUUAAACUAACAAAUCUUUAACAACUUAUUUAACACUAAAGCUUGCUGUUCCAAAGGAGAUUAUAUUAAUUGUGUGAAAGUGUAUGUAAAAAUCUUCUUUUGUUUUAACGUUGAAUCGUAUUAUUAAGUUUGCUGAAAAUAAUAUUUUAUGAAUAUGUGCAAAAUGAAAAAGGUUAUUUGUAAUUUAAAAAGACAUAUGGCUGAAGGAUGAGGUCAAGUAUUUUUAGUCUAAUGUAAGUCCAGUAUACAAAAAAUAUUAUCAUAAAUAUCUGAUUGUAGAUGAAUGUAAUGGUUAUUUUAACGUUCUUAGGACGUGAAUGUGUAAAUUGCUUGGUAUUAUAUUCCGCCUUGAUGACUCUGAAUUUGAUAUGUCAGCAGAAAGCUACAGCAUUUUCCAGCGUGUCAUGCAUACGGAAAUUAAAUUUUAUUGAAUUUGGGAGGUAAUUGUGAGUGUGAGCGUAAUUUUAUAUUUAUGUGUGUGAUCAAAAGUGAUGUAAACUUGUAGCAAUUAAAAUUCAGAGUGAAUAGAAUCUUUUUCUCUCUAAUCUAGAACAGUUCAAGCUUGUCUUCUUUAUGUUCAGAGCCCGCGUUUGUACUCCGAAGAGUGAAACCGCUAGAUAUUUCUUAAUAUUCUUAAAUCCUUGGGUGUGAGUUCCUUCACUUUUGUCAUCUACAUUACAAUGAAUGUUAGGAUAGAGAGCUUCGAAAACUGUGGAUUGGGAGUUCUUUUUUAAUAUUUACUUGCACAAUGGUACAUAACAGCGAAACAAAUUGUCAUUGAUACGCUUCCAGUCGUGUUGUUCAUGAAGACGAGCGCCACUGAAAUUUCUGUAAUCGUCUAUCAGACUA